AUGGUGCUCCGAGCCUCCGGCCCCGGGCGGACUCGGCUAGGAUUCCUGGUUUAUCAUCCCAGCCGCGCAGCUCCAACUCCUGCGCCGGGAACGCAGAUCUCGCUUCAGGACCGCUCACCGCUGUCCGCCCCCCCCCCGACCCUGGCCCCGCGAGAUCACACCCACGAGCUGCCCCCAGCUCCGGCCUCGCACGCUCGCCACACACCCCACUCCCGCCGAUGCCCGGAAGCCCCGCAGCCGGGCAGCACGCGGAGGGUGACGGGGAAACAGGGACCGUCUGCCCAGCGAGCGAGGAAGGGCGCCAACCCACCCGCAGGAGACGAGCUCCCGACACAGAGGCCCCCGGGAGAGCCGAGGCUGCCCGCGGCUCUGCCCUCCUCCUGCGAUGGCCCCGCCGCCCUGACAGUGCCUCGUCCCGUCGGCUCCAGGCUGGCAGAGUCAGGCCCAGGGGGGCAGAGCCGCCUGCUGCCCAUCCGCCCCUCUUCCUGGGAGGAAGGAAUGCCUCAGGGAUUUUACCCACGUUUUCCUACAUCACGCUUGGAACGUAGUAGGCGCUCAGCAAACGCUACUUUCUCCUCACUGGGUGGAAGGAGGCUGUGCACCGAGACUCUGGAGCUGGCCCACCUGUGCCCACUGGCCCUGCUGCCCCAGCGUCUGAGCUGA